AUGGCAGAGAAGUGCGACUGCAUCGCCAGCAUGUACGGGUACGACCUGGGCUGUCGCUUCAUUAAUUUCCGCCCUUUGGGCUUCGGGGCCAAUGGGCUGGUGCUGUCAGCCCUCGACAGCAAGAGCUGCCGCAAAGUGGCGGUGAAGAAGAUCACCAUUGGCGACGCGCGGAGCAUGAAGCACGCUUUCCGGGAGAUCAAAAUCAUCCGCCGCCUGGACCACGACAACAUCGUGAAGGUGUACGAGGUGUUGGGGCCGAAGGGGACCAACCUGCGCGGGGAUUUUUUCAAGUUCAACAUGGUGUACAUCGUCCAGGAGUACAUGGAGACGGACCUGGCGCGGCUGCUGGAGCAGGGGAAGCUGGCGGAGGAGCACGCCAAGCUCUUCAUGUACCAGCUGCUGCGGGGGCUGAAGUACAUCCACUCGGCCAACGUCCUCCACCGCGACCUCAAGCCGGCCAAUAUUUUCAUCAGCACGGAGGACCUGGUGCUGAAGAUCGGUGACUUCGGGCUGGCCAGAAUCGUGGAUCAACAUUAUUCGCACAAGGGUUACCUUUCCGAAGGCUUAGUAACAAAAUGGUAUCGCUCCCCCCGCCUCCUCCUUUCACCAAACAACUACACCAAAGCCAUCGAUAUGUGGGCAGCUGGCUGCAUCCUGGCCGAGAUGCUGACGGGGAGGAUGCUCUUCGCUGGGGGUCAUGAGCUGGAACAGAUGCAGCUUAUUCUGGAGACGAUCCCCGUUAUCCACGAGGAAGACAAAGAGGAGCUGCUCAAAGUGAUGCCCACGUUCAUCAACAGCACCUGGGAAGUGAGGAAGCCGCUGCGCAAGCUGCUCCCCGAAGGGGACAAAGAAGCUAUUGAUUUUCUGGAGAAAAUACUGACAUUUAACCCUAUGGAUCGAUUAACGGCUGAGAUGGGUCUGCAGCAUCCUUACAUGAGUCCGUAUUCCUGCCCCGAGGAUGAACCGGUGUCUCAGCAUCCAUUCCGGAUUGAGGAUGAGAUUGAUGAUAUUUUACUGAUGGAAGCCAACCAGAGUCAGAUGUCUAACUGGGACAGGUAUCACGUAAGCCUCUCCUCCGAUUUGGAAUGGAGACACGAUAAAUACCACGACAUGGAUGAGGUUCAGCGGGACCCCCGGGCAGGGUCUGAAUCCAUCGCUGAGGAAGCACAAGUUGAUCCACGGAAAUACUCACAAAGCAGCUCGGAGAGGUUCUUGGAGCUAUCCCACUCAUCCAUGGACCGAGUAUUUGAUGCCGACUGUGGGAAAUCGUGUGAUUACAAAGUGGGGUCACCUUCCUACUUGGACAAAUUGCUGUGGAGAGACAAUAAGCCCCAUCAUUACUCAGAGCCCAAGCUGAUUUUAGAUUUAUCCCACUGGAAAAGAGCAACCAUAGCACCCGCAGCUGAGCUAUCGCUGGAAGAAGAACCAUCCAACCUUUUUCUGGAGAUUGCUCAGUGGGUGAAGAGCACGCAGGUGGGUCUCGAGUGUCCCAGUCCCCUUCCGGAGAUUCAGGAACGGAGCCUGCCAUCUUCUCCUCACCGUCUCCACAAAGAACCCACAGAGGUGAACAGUGAAACAGACCCUGAGUUUGACUUGGACGUCUUCAUCUCCAGGGCACUGAAACUUUGCACAAAACCCGAGGAUCUUCCAGACAACAAGCUCAAUGACAUCAACGGGGCCUGCAUAUCUGAGCACCCCGGUGAGAUUGUACAAACAGAGGUGUACCAGAAAGAGCGAUGGUGA